AUGAAUAACACCACCACCACCACCACUUUCACCGACUACGGCGAUGAUUCCGACAGCCCGAUCGCCGACACCGUCCUCUGUGGCUUCGGUUACGGCGUGGGGCUCUCCGUCGCCGUCCUCGCCAUCUUCAUCAUCAUCACCUACUUCUCCUACAAGUGCAAGAAAUCACGCCCCAAUUCCUCCCCCUUCUCCUCCUCCGUCCGCCGCCGCUACUUCGCCGGCGCCGGCGAUUCCGUCCACGUUGUCAUCCAGCGCGACGGCCUCGACGCCGCCGCCAUCUCCGCUAUUCCGCUCUACACCUACGCCCGGCUCGGGCCCAGCGGCGCCGCCGCCGCCGGAGGUGGCUGCGCCGUGUGCCUCGGGGAAUAUAAAGAGAGCGAGGAGGUGAGACUGAUGCCGGAGUGCGGCCAUGUGUUUCACCGGAGCUGCAUUGAUCUGUGGCUCAUGAUCCAUCCCACGUGUCCUAUCUGCCGGAAAACGCCGUUGCCGGCGGCGGCGGCGGCGGUAGAACAGCCUGCCAAUUAA